UGUUCUCAGCAACAUGGUCUCAAUACUUGCGACUGCUGCCUGUUCUAGAACAGAUGUCCUGGACACAUAACCCGACCAGUGGAUAGGGUCCUGAGAAACGAGAGGGAGAAGGGCACGAGGCGGGAUAACGGCGAUGUGCGCCUGGAACAUCGCAGGCGACGGAGCGGGUGAUGGACUGCGAGGGGCCGGCGAUGCCCUGGGGUGGGAAUGUGGCGCACGCAGGCGAAGGGGCAGCCGCGGUGAUCGCCGAGCGCGGCCGCGCGGCCGGCCCGUUACCGCCGUUGGGUGGGGAAUGGGACCCGCGGCGGGGGCGGGAGCGGCCGGACGGGGGGGCUCGGGCAGGGGCGCGGGGGGCGCGGGGUGUCCGCGCUCGGCGGGCGCGGGGGGCGCAGGGCGCGGGGUGUCCGAGCCCGCUGCCACCGAGCGCUGCCCCGGCGCGGCGCGGGGGUGUCCGGCUGUCGUUCGGGGUUGUCGGUCGAGGUGUCCGCGCUGGUCCCGCCUCCUCCGCCAGCAAAACAAACCCGCCCCGUCCCGCCCGCGCGGUGCGGCUGUUGCGCGGAGCCGCCGCGGCCGCGGGGGCCGGGCCGGGGCGGGCGACGCUGGCAGCGGGGCCGGGGCGGCCAUGAGGACCGAGAUCUCCACGGCGGCCGCGUUCGUGACCCGCCUCCUGCGGGCCGGCGGCGGGGUCGGCGAGGAGCAGCUGCGGUGCUUCCGCGAGCGGCUGCAGGAGGCGAUGCGCGAGCACUAUAAACACCACUGGUUCCCCCUGAUGCCUUCCAAGGGCUCCGGGUACCGCUGCAUCAGGAUCAACCAUAAGAUGGACCCCUUGAUAGGAAAAGCGGCGGGGAUGAUCGGACUGAGCCACGAGAGGCUCUUCCAGCUCUUACCCAGCGAAUUAACUCUGUGGGUCGACCCCUUCGAAGUGUCCUACCGCAUAGGUGAGGAUGGGUCUAUCUGUGUGCUGUACGAGAGCCCUCAGCCUGGGGGGAAGGCGGCCAAACAGCUGGAGAGCAGGACCAGUUGCAAGGAGGAGUGGAGAACUGGCAGAUCCAGCCCUUCCAAGAGUUACAACAUGAUGACGGUUUCUAGUUAAAAGCAGCUCUUCCUUGUACAAUGAUGUAUGUAUCCCAGUCUCAUGGUAAAGUUAGAUGUAACUGAGCUUUUUGUUUUUUUUUUAUUUUUUUUUUCACCCUAUAGUCAUUAAUAAGUCGUGGUAGUACUGCCAAGUUCUUUGUGGGCAAGGGCUAAUGUAUACAGCAGUUUUUACACUGCAUGUUACUUUCUGGAUUGUGUCCUGUAAAUGCACUGUACAGUCGGUGGAUCGUUUUACACAUUUAUAUUUUCAAAGAAGUUCUGGCUAUUUGUAAUAAAAAGCAAUAUUGUAGCACUCUUUAUGAUGGAUUUUAGUCAACAUUAGCACUUACUAAAAAAAAAAAACCACAUUCUGCAAUUUGCAGAGCAAUAACAUGAAGGGAGGUGGGAAACAGAUCUAACAAGCUGCACAUAAAUCUUGUGAUUUGUCUGCACAGGCUUCUCUCAGGGUCAUUCAAGUUUGGCUGCGAGGCACAAAUCACAAAAGUAACUCUUAUUUUUCCUUUUUCAAAGCAUGCAUUUAUUUAAGGGAUGGAUUCCAUCGUACUCCGACGUUUAGCAAAAAGAAUUGGGGAAUUAGUCUGUCUUGUUAUUUGUAGUUAUUUCAGUAGAAGAAUAAAGACUUGCUCAAACUG